CGUGAUGGAAUAAAGUGAAUAAUAUAUUCAGUAUUCCUUAAAAUUAAUUUUGUUGCAAAAAUAGGAAACCAAAAAAGAAAUUUUUAUUAACUUGAAUUUGGGAGUUUCUACUUUCUACCAUUUCAAUUUUCAACCACUGUUCUUCCAAGUUCAUCCAAGCCAGUGGGCAUGGGGCGUAUGAGAUGGAUGGCCAUAUUGUGGCAACUCGAUGUGGAGUUGCUGAAUGGGUUGACAAUCUUGUUUCUGUAAGAUCUUUGAGAUCCAGGUUGCUGAAAAGAGCUGGAGGGUGGAGAUAAACUCUAGCCAAGAUGUGGUGCUGAUGCCUUCCUCUAUGGAUUUUCCAGAUGGCAUUCAGGGUCAUUGGUAUGCAAACAUCUCGUUUUGUUUCAGAGACGACGUACUGCAGUUGAUGAGCUAAACAUGAGAAAUGUCUUCAAGGAGAAUGACAUUAUUUGUGCUGAAGUCCGUGAUGAAAAGAGUAAUGGUAGAAGUAUUCACCUGCAAAUUCGAAACCAAAAUUAGAGAAGGGUAUGGUUGUCCCAGUUUCGCCCUAUCUAGUGAAGAAGCAAUAUAAUGCAUUUCCACCAUCUAGACCAGUAUGGAAUUGACUUGAUACUUGGCUGCAAUGGCUUCAUUUGGAUUGGGGAACACGCCGAUGUAAAAGUUGACGCACCAGAAGAUCAAUUAUUGAAUGUGUCUUUACAACCAAAUACCACCAAAUGUAGCACACCCAUGAACCUUGAUGAAGGAGAAGGGGAAAACUAUGUUUCUCCUCAAAUUAUGGCACACAUAUGCAGAAUGGAAAACGCCGUUAGAGUGUUGUCUAGGUUAGGGUUCAUGAGAUAUGUUGAGGUGUUGUUGGAGACCGUCAGCUUGAGCCAUUCGUUGAAUUUGGAUGUGCACGAGAUGCUUGAUGCAGAGUUCUAUGUAUUGGUUGCCGAGAAGGAAGCUGGAAGGCGAGCAAAGUGUUGAAAAUAGAUGGAUCUCAUUAACUUUAAUUUAUCAAAUUCUCUAAUAAUAAUUGAAGUUUUGA